AUGACUGCCGAAAAACCCAUUGUGCUUAGACUCGGAAAGUGGCCCUUUUCCAAUGAAAAGUGGGACAAGUUGAAAGAAAUCGCUACUGUGGUGGACAGUGAAGCCAAGAACAGAGAAGACUUUUUGAAGGAGCUCAAGACAAAACACAGCAACGUGACUCACGUGGUUCGUACUUUCCCCAGUGUGGAGCAAACGGGGCGUUUUGACUCUGAAAUCAUCAGCGCCUUGCCUGACUCUGUUGUGGCUGUUUCCCAUAAUGGCGCUGGUUAUGACCAGGUUGAUCCACAGCCUUUGACAGACAGAAACAUUCAGCUUUCCAAUGUCACCACUCCUGUGGAGGCUCCUACGGCGCUUACGGCGGUGUACUUGACUCUUGCUACAAUGAGAAAGUACCAAAUUGGCCACGACUCCUUGGUUCAGGGUAACUGGACCAACCCGGACAUUGGCAGAGGCGUCAAAUUGGGCAAGGACCCUGAGGGACAGACUGUGGGUAUUUUGGGCAUGGGCGGAAUUGGCCGUGCUAUUAGAGACCGUUUGCAGCCAUUUGGGUUUGAGAAGAUCUUGUACUACAAUCGUUCCAGACUCGAUACUGAAUUGGAGAAGGGCGCUGAAUACGUGGGAUUCGACGAGUUGUUGGCUCAGAGCGAUGUGUUGGUUGUGUCUGUGCCAUUGAACCCCAAGACUCGUCAUUUGAUCAACAAAGAGGCCAUUUCCAAGAUGAAGGACGGCGUGAUCAUCAUCAACACCGCUAGAGGCGCUGUCAUUGACGAGCAGGAGCUCAUUAACGAGUUGAAGCUGGGUAAGGUUGGUGCUUUUGGUGCUGAUGUUUUCGAGCACGAGCCAGAGGUUCCUAAGGACUUGUACGAAUUGCCUAACGUUGUUUCCUUGCCACACAUGGGUACCUGGACGACGCAGGCGCUCAAGAACAUGGAGGACUUUACGGUCGACAAUGUGGAGCACCACAUCAGAACAGGCGAGCUUUUGACGAUUGUGCCUGAGCAGAAGGGCCACGAUUUCAAGCACUCUGCGUGGGUUUGA